AAGCCCAAGCCUAAGCCUAAGCCUAAGCCUAAGCCUAAGCCUAAGCCUAAGCCUAAGCCUGCCCAAGCCCAGCCUAAGCCUAAGCCUAAGCCUAAGCCUAAGCCUAAGCCUAAGCCUAAGCCUAAGCCUAAGCCUGCUCGCUAAGCCUAAGCCUAAGCCUAAGCCUAAGCCUAAGCCUGCCUAAGCCUAAGCCUAAGCCUAAGCCUAAGCUCAAGCCUAAGCCUAAGCCUAAGCCUAAGCCUAAGCCUAAGCCUAAGCCUAAGCCUAAGCCUAAGCCUAAGCCUAAGCCUAAGCCUAAGCCUAAGCCUAAGCCCAAGCCUAAGCCUAAGCCUAAGCCUAAGCCUAAGCCUAAGCCUAAGCCUAAGCCUAAGCCUAAGCCUAAGCCUAAGCCUAAGCCUAAGCCUAAGCCCAAGCCUAAGCCUAAGCCUAAGCCUAAGCCUAAGCCUAAGCCUAAGCCUAAGCCUAAGCCUAAGCCUAAGCCUAAGCCUAAGCCUAAGCCUAAGCCUAAGCCUAAGCCUAAGCCUAAGCCUAAGCCUGCUCUGCGCUCCAAGCCUAAGCCUAAGCCUCAAGCCUCAAGCCUAAGCCUAAGCCUAAGCCUAAGCCUAAGCCUAAGCCUAAGCCUAAGCCUAAGCCUAAGCCUAAGCCUAAGCCUAAGCCUAAGCCUAAGCCUAAGCCUAAGCCUAAGCCUAAGCCUAAGCCUAAGCCUAAGCCUAAGCCCAAGCCUAAGCCUAAGCCUAAGCCUAAGCCUAAGCCUAAGCCUAAGCCUAAGCCUAAGCCUAAGCCUAAGCCUAAGCCUAAGCCUAAGCCUAAGCCUAGCCUGCCUAAGCCUAAGCCUAAGCCUAAGCCUAAGCCUAAGCCUAGCCUAGCCUAAGCCUAAGCCUAAGCCUAAGCCUAAGCCUAAGCCUAAGCCCUCUGCCAAGCCUAAGCCUAAGCCUGCCAGCCUAAGCCUAAGCCUAAGCCUAAGCCGCCAGCCAAGCCUAAGCCUAAGCCUAAGCCUAAGCCUAAGCCUAAGCCUAAGCCUAAGCCUAAGCCUAAGCCUGCCUGCCUAAGCCUAAGCCUAAGCCUAAGCCUAAGCCUAAGCCUAAGCCUAAGCCUAAGCCUAAGCCCAAGCCUAAGCCUAAGCCUAAGCCUAAGCCUGCCUGCCUAAGCCUAAGCCUAAGCCUCAAGCCUAAGCCUAAGCCUAAGCCUAAGCCUAAGCCUAAGCCUAAGCCUAAGCCUAAGCCUAAGCCUAAGCCUAAGCCUAAGCCUAAGCCUAAGCCUAAGCCUAAGCCUAAGCCUAAGCCUAAGCCUAAGCCUAAGCCUAAGCCUAAGCCUAAGCCUAAGCCUAAGCCUAAGCCUAAGCCUAAGCCUAAGCCUAAGCCUAAGCCUAAGCCUAAGCCUAAGCCUAAGCCUAAGCCUAAGCCUAAGCCUAAGCCUAAGCCUAAGCCUAAGCCUAAGCCUAAGCCUAAGCCUAAGCCUAAGCCUAAGCCUAAGCCUAAGCCUAAGCCUAAGCCUAAGCCUAAGCCUAAGCCUAAGCCUAAGCCUAAGCCUAAGCCUAAGCCUAAGCCUAAGCCUAAGCCUAAGCCUAAGCCUAAGCCUAAGCCUAAGCCUAAGCCUAAGCCCUCAAGCCUAAGCCUAAGCCUAAGCCUAAGCCUAAGCCUAAGCUUCCAAGCCUAAGCCUAAGCCUAAGCCUAAGCCUAAGCCUAAGCCUAAGCCUAAGCCUAAGCCUAAGCCUAAGCCUAAGCCUAAGCCUAAGCCCAAGCCUAAGCCUAAGCCUAAGCCUAAGCCUAAGCCUAAGCCUAAGCCUGCCCAAGCCUAAGCCUAAGCCUAAGCCUAAGCCUAAGCCUAAGCCUGCCUAAGCCUAAGCCUAAGCCUAAGCCUAAGCCUAAGCCUAAGCCUAAGCCUAAGCCUAAGCCUAAGCCUAAGCCUAAGCCUAAGCCCAAGCCUAAGCCUAAGCCUAAGCCUAAGCCUAAGCCUAAGCCUAAGCCUAAGCCUAAGCCUAAGCCUAAGCCUAAGCCUAAGCCUAAGCCUAAGCCUAAGCCUAAGCCUAAGCCUAAGCCUAAGCCUAAGCCUAAGCCUAAGCCUAAGCCUAAGCCUAAGCCUAAGCCUAAGCCUAAGCCUGCUUCAAGCCUAAGCCUAAGCCUAAGCCUAAGCCUAAGCCUAAGCCUAAGCCUAAGCCUAAGCCUAAGCCUAAGCCUAAGCCUAAGCCUAAGCCUAAGCCUAAGCCUAAGCCUAAGCCUAAGCCUAAGCCUAAGCCUAAGCCUAAGCCUAAGCCUAAGCCUAAGCCUAAGCCUAAGCCUAAGCCUAAGCCUAAGCCUAAGCCUAAGCCUAAGCCUAAGCCUAAGCCUAAGCCUAAGCUUAAGCCUAAGCCUAAGCCUAAGCCUAAGCCUGCCUCAAGCCUAAGCCUAAGCCUAAGCCUAAGCCCAAGCCUAAGCCUAAGCCUAAGCCUAAGCCUAAGCCUAAGCCUAAGCCUAAGCCUAAGCCUAAGCCUAAGCCUAAGCCUAAGCCUAAGCCUAAGCCUAAGCCUAAGCCUAAGCCUAAGCCUAAGCCUAAGCCUAAGCCUAAGCCUAAGCCUAAGCCCAAGCCUAAGCCUAAGCCUAAGCCUAAGCCUAAGCCUAAGCCUAAGCCUAAGCCUAAGCCUAAGCCUAAGCCUAAGCCUAAGCCUAAGCCUAAGCCUAAGCCUAAGCCUAAGCCUAAGCCUAAGCCUAAGCCUAAGCCUAAGCCUAAGCCUAAGCCUAAGCCUAAGCCUAAGCCUAAGCCUAAGCCUAAGCCUAAGCCUAAGCCUAAGCCUAAGCCUAAGCCUAAGCCUAAGCCUAAGCCUAAGCCUAAGCCUAAGCCUAAGCCUAAGCCUAAGCCUAAGCCUAAGCCUAAGCCUCAAGCCUAAGCCUAAGCCUAAGCCUAAGCCUAAGCCUAAGCCUAAGCCUAAGCCUAAGCCUAAGCCUAAGCCUAAGCCUAAGCCUAAGCCUAAGCCUAAGCCUAAGCCUAAGCCUAAGCCUAAGCCUAAGCCUAAGCCUAAGCCUAAGCCUAAGCCUAAGCCUAAGCCUAAGCCUAAGCCUAAGCCUAAGCCUAAGCCUAAGCCUAAGCCUAAGCCUAAGCCUAAGCCUAAGCCUAAGCCUAAGCCUAAGCCUAAGCCUAAGCCUAAGCCUAAGCCUAAGCCUAAGCCUAAGCCUAAGCCUAAGCCUAAGCCUAAGCCUAAGCCUAAGCCUAAGCCUAAGCCUAAGCCUAAGCCUAAGCCUAAGCCUAAGCCUAAGCCUAAGCCUAAGCCUAAGCCUAAGCCUAAGCCUAAGCCUAAGCCUCAAGCCUAAGCCUAAGCCUAAGCCUAAGCCUAAGCCUAAGCCUAAGCCUAAGCCUAAGCCUAAGCCUAAGCCUAAGCCUAAGCCUAAGCCUAAGCCUAAGCCUAAGCCUAAGCCUAAGCCUCAAGCCUAAGCCUAAGCCUAAGCCUAAGCCUAAGCCUAAGCCUAAGCCUAAGCCUAAGCCUAAGCCUAAGCCUAAGCCUCAAGCCCUAAGCCUAAGCCUAAGCCUAAGCCUAAGCCUAAGCCUAAGCCUAAGCCUAAGCCUAAGCCUAAGCCUAAGCCUAAGCCUAAGCCUAAGCCUAAGCCUAAGCCUAAGCCUGCCCAAGCCUAAGCCUAAGCCUAAGCCUAAGCCUAAGCCUAAGCCUAAGCCUAAGCCUUAAGCCUAAGCCUAAGCCUAAGCCUAAGCCUAAGCCUAAGCCUAAGCCUAAGCCCUAAGCCUAAGCCUAAGCCUAAGCCUAAGCCUAAGCCUAAGCCUAAGCCUAAGCCUAAGCCUAAGCCUAAGCCUAAGCCUAAGCCUAAGCCUAAGCCUAAGCCUAAGCCUAAGCCUAAGCCUAAGCCUAAGCCUAAGCCUAAGCCUGCCUAAGCCUAAGCCUAAGCCUAAGCCUAAGCCUAAGCCUAAGCCUAAGCCUAAGCCUAAGCCUAAGCCUAAGCCUAAGCCUAAGCCUAAGCCUAAGCCUAAGCCUAAGCCUAAGCCUAAGCCUAAGCCUAAGCCUAAGCCUAAGCCUAAGCCUAAGCCUAAGCCUAAGCCUAAGCCUAAGCCUAAGCCUAAGCCUAAGCCUAAGCCUAAGCCUAAGCCUAAGCCUAAGCCUAAGCCUAAGCCUAAGCCUAAGCCUAAGCCUCAAGCCUAAGCCUAAGCCUCAAGCCUAAGCCUAAGCCUAAGCCUAAGCCUAAGCCUAAGCCUAAGCCUAAGCCUAAGCCUAAGCCUAAGCCUAAGCCUAAGCCUAAGCCUAAGCCUAAGCCUAAGCCUAAGCCUAAGCCUAAGCCUAAGCCUAAGCCUAAGCCUAAGCCUAAGCCUAAGCCUAAGCCUAAGCCUAAGCCUAAGCCUAAGCCUAAGCCUAAGCCUAAGCCUAAGCCUAAGCCUAAGCCUAAGCCUAAGCCUAAGCCUAAGCCUAAGCCUAAGCCUAAGCCUAAGCCUAAGCCUAAGCCUAAGCCUAAGCCUAAGCCUAAGCCUAAGCCUAAGCCUAAGCCUAAGCCUAAGCCUAAGCCUAAGCCUAAGCCUAAGCCUAAGCCUAAGCCUAAGCCUAAGCCUAAGCCUAAGCCUAAGCCUAAGCCUAAGCCUAAGCCUAAGCCUAAGCCUAAGCCUAAGCCUAAGCCUAAGCCUAAGCCUAAGCCUAAGCCUAAGCCUAAGCCUAAGCCUAAGCCCAAGCCUAAGCCUAAGCCUAAGCCUAAGCCUAAGCCUAAGCCUAAGCCUAAGCCUAAGCCUAAGCCUAAGCCUAAGCCUAAGCCUAAGCCUAAGCCUAAGCCUAAGCCUAAGCCUAAGCCUAAGCCUAAGCCUAAGCCUAAGCCUAAGCCUAAGCCUAAGCCUAAGCCUAAGCCUAAGCCUAAGCCUAAGCCUAAGCCUAAGCCUAAGCCUAAGCCUAAGCCUAAGCCUAAGCCUAAGCCUAAGCCUAAGCCUAAGCCUAAGCCUAAGCCUAAGCCUAAGCCUAAGCCUAAGCCUAAGCCUAAGCCUAAGCCUAAGCCUAAGCCUAAGCCUAAGCCUAAGCCUAAGCCUAAGCCUAAGCCUAAGCCUAAGCCUAAGCCUAAGCCUAAGCCUAAGCCUAAGCCUAAGCCUAAGCCUAAGCCUAAGCCUAAGCCUAAGCCUAAGCCUAAGCCUAAGCCUAAGCCUAAGCCUGCUCUAAGCCUAAGCCUAAGCCUAAGCCUAAGCCUAAGCCUAAGCCUAAGCCUAAGCCUAAGCCUAAGCCUAAGCCUAAGCCUAAGCCUAAGCCUAAGCCUAAGCCUAAGCCUAAGCCUAAGCCUAAGCCUAAGCCUAAGCCUAAGCCUAAGCCUAAGCCUAAGCCUAAGCCUAAGCCUAAGCCUAAGCCUAAGCCUAAGCCUAAGCCUAAGCCUAAGCCUAAGCCUAAGCCUAAGCCUAAGCCUAAGCCUAAGCCUAAGCCUAAGCCUAAGCCUAAGCCUAAGCCUAAGCCUAAGCCUAAGCCUAAGCCUAAGCCUAAGCCUAAGCCUAAGCCUAAGCCUAAGCCUAAGCCUAAGCCUAAGCCUAAGCCUAAGCCUAAGCCUAAGCCUAAGCCUAAGCCUAAGCCUAAGCCUAAGCCUAAGCCUAAGCCUAAGCCUAAGCCUAAGCCUAAGCCUAAGCCUCAAGCCUAAGCCUAAGCCUAAGCCUAAGCCUAAGCCUAAGCCUAAGCCUAAGCCUAAGCCUAAGCCUAAGCCUAAGCCUAAGCCUAAGCCUAAGCCUAAGCCUAAGCCUAAGCCUAAGCCUAAGCCUAAGCCUAAGCCUAAGCCUAAGCCUAAGCCUAAGCCUAAGCCUAAGCCUAAGCCUAAGCCUAAGCCUAAGCCUAAGCCUAAGCCUAAGCCUAAGCCUAAGCCUAAGCCUAAGCCUAAGCCUAAGCCUAAGCCUAAGCCUAAGCCUAAGCCUAAGCCUAAGCCUAAGCCUAAGCCUAAGCCUAAGCCUAAGCCUAAGCCUAAGCCUAAGCCUAAGCCUAAGCCUAAGCCUAAGCCUAAGCCUAAGCCUAAGCCUAAGCCUAAGCCUAAGCCUAAGCCUAAGCCUAAGCCUAAGCCUAAGCCUAAGCCUAAGCCUAAGCCUAAGCCUAAGCCUAAGCCUAAGCCUAAGCCUAAGCCUAAGCCUAAGCCUAAGCCUAAGCCUAAGCCUAAGCCUAAGCCUAAGCCUAAGCCUAAGCCUAAGCCUAAGCCUAAGCCUAAGCCUAAGCCUAAGCCUAAGCCUAAGCCUAAGCCUAAGCCUAAGCCUAAGCCUAAGCCUAAGCCUCAAGCCUAA